AUGGAUUCAGAAUUGGACGAUUUUGAGAUUAUUUUUGCACAGAAACUGGCAUCCGGUGAACCGAUCACUCGUCGGCGAGCUUUUCGAACGCUCUGUGACUGGCUUCAAGCUGAAUCAGCCAGACGAGAAUUUGACGAUAAAGCGAUUCUACAUUUGUCGAAAGGAUUGUAUUACGUGAUGUGGAUGCAAGACAAGAUGUUAUGGCAAGAGCAACUUGCUGAUAAUAUCGCUUCAUUAUUAAAUUUAUUUGAAAGAGAAAAAGAAUCCGUUUCGUUUAUCAAGUGUAUGUUAAUAACUAUUUCUAAUGAAUGGUUACGAAUCGAUCGUUGGAGAAUGGAUAAAUUUCUUAUGUUAAUACGCCGGCUUGUUCGUGCUCUUUUCCUGCGCUUGCGCUCGAAGAAUUGGAAGACGACGAUCAUUAAUAUGUACAUCAAUGCUUUCAAAGAUUGUGUUAUUUCAAAUGAUAAAUCAUUUUCGGAAGGAUUAAAAUUUCAUUUCGCCUCAAUUUAUCUCGAUGAAUUGGAUGGUGCCGGCGGUUUGGGACCAGAUCAGGUAACAGAACUUUUGAAACCGUACGCUGAGCUUCUUGCUGAUGGAACAUUAUCGAAUUAUCUUUUUGAUUCCAUUAUACAAGAGAUAUUCCUGUCGAUUUUACAUCAAUAUGCCGAGGAAAAAGCGGAAAGGAAUGAAACAGACGAAACAGUUGAAAGUGCUAGUGAUCAAGGAAUCAAAUUCGACUAUGAUGCAAUAAGCAAAUUAUUGCUUGAAGCCGGAAAGAAACCUGGUGUAAAAAGUGUUCGAAGGAAGCAGUUAUAUGCUGUAUCAAAAAAAUUCAUAGCAGCCAAAAAUGGUGAAGUUCCUUUCAUCAUGGUUACAAAAGCACAAACUCGGUUGAGGACAAAAGUGCCGAAAUCUGAAAUAGAAAGCGCUGUCUCACGACUUAUGAAUGAAGUGGCGAAAGACAGGAUGAUAAAAAAGAAAGCAAAAUUGGCUUUGAGAAAUAAAAAACCUCUGAGGAAUACUCAGUCCAUGAAAGUUGUAAAAAAUACUAAGAAAACGAAGAAAAUUGGUAAAAAAGUGCAGCAGCAAAGUGGAAUAAAUCGCAAAAAGUAUAGGAAGCGAAAGUUCUGA